AUGGAGACCCUCACCGUUCAACACGCAGGCAGACAGUCCAUUGUGGCGGUGGACCGCGACAAAUUCUCUGCCGAUGCGAUCGCCCUUCUCGCGCAGGGCCACGAAGAAGCGAUGCCCCGAAAUUUUGGCUUCUGGUCCACCCUGUCGUUGGCCUUUGUCAUUACCAACUCCUGGGUCGGAUAUUCGACCACCUUUGGUGUCUGUCUCGUCACUGGGAAUGGUCCCACGGUCAUCUUUGGCUUGUUGGUCGCAACCAUUGUGUGUUCAAUCAUCACCGCGGGCCUGGCAGAAUUGGCGAGUGCUUUCCCGUCGUCUGGCGGCCAGUAUCACUUUGCCUUCAUGGUGUCUUCUCCCGCCUAUCGUGCCCCAGUGUCCUUUGCAGUAGGUUGGCUCAGCAUCUUUGCGUGGUGGAUGGCCACCGCGGCCGCAUGCAUUGUGUGCGCGCAGAUCAUCAUGUUCCUCGCAGGGUUGUGGCACGACGACUUUACAGCGGCGCAGUGGCAGACCUACCUCGUGUACGUGGCCGUCCUCGUCAUCGCGAUAUCCUUCGUCAUCUUCUUCAUGCGCCAAAUCCCCACGGCCGAGAUUGUUUUCUUUGGAAUGACUCUUGUCGGUUUCGUCGUCUUCUUCAUCUGCGUGCUUGCGAGAAGCGCACCGAAACAAUCGGCAAAGACCGUCUUUACAGAUUUCGUCAACAUCACUGGCUGGACCGACGGAUUCGCCUUUAUGCUCGGGGCCAGCCAGGCCAUGUUCACCUACCUGGCCAUCGAUGGUGCCACACAUGUUGCUGAAGAAAUGCCUAACCCCGGAAAGGGUGUCCCUCGAGCCAUGGGACUGACCAUGUUCAUUGGCAUGAUCACCGUCUUUAUGUGGACGCUGGCCUUUAUGUUCUCCACCAGCGACCUGGAGGCAGUCGCCGCUAGCGGUGUCCCCAUCAUCACCGUGUAUCAGCAGGCUCUUCGAUCCAAAGUAGGCGCUACGGUCUUUGCCGUGUGGCUCCUGACCAUCUUCUUCGGUGCAUUUGUCUCGUGUCUGGUUACAUGCGGCAGAUUGGUCUGGGCCUUUGCCCGCGACAACGGGUUGCCGUACAGCAGAAUCUUUGACAAGAUCCAUCCGAAGCUCAAUGCGCCCAUCAACUCGACCAUUCUCACGGGCGUCUUCCUGGCCUGCUAUGGCGCAAUCUAUAUCGGCUCCACCAAUGCCUUCAACUCGUUCAUCUCUCUUUCGAUCCUGGGCAUGAACAUGACCUACGUCAUCCCCCAGGCCAUCGUCUUCCUUCGCGGCCGGGACAAGGUCCUGCCCCCGCGACAAUUUUCUCUGGGACCGUGGCUCGGACCCUGCUGCAACGCAUUCUCCUGCAUCUGGGUCUUCUUUGUCGGCAUCCUGUUCUGCUUCCCCCUCACCCGCCCCGUCACCAAGGACAACAUGAACUACCUCAGUGUCGUCCUCUCGGGCCUGUGCCUAUUCACCCUCGUUUGCUGGUACGCCGGCAAGAGGAAGACAUUUACCGGCCCGAACAUUGAGUUGGUCGGAAUCAACUUGGUCCAGAGCAACGGGAGGCAGGCCCCAGAUGACAUGAAGGAACAGGCACAUGGAAAACUUGCCGCCGACGCUGAGUCGACGGCACUGCCCGCCCCUGGCACUUCCACCACUGAAUCCAACGCUUGA